AUGAAAAGAAAGCUAGAGCAGAUGUGGCCAACCCUCAAGCAAUUAAGGCAAAAAGUUAAAGUCAAGGAACUGGAGAACAGAAAAUCAAAGAAGGGAAUUCAUGUGGGUAUUCCAACACACCUAAGGCGAAUACAUAUUCGUACGUCACCAAAAAUAUUAUUCUCCACAAUGCACGGUCUGACGAAUAGAAAGAAGGAGUAUUUAUCAUCCAUCAGAUUUGGUCCCCUUUUAAAUAUAAAAGUAGAUGGGUCGGCAUCACGAAUUGGGUACUAUGCGGUCAAUAACUUUGACCCUGAACGCAUGGAUCCUUACAUACCACACGAUGACAAUGCCGAAAAUGUCAACUCGGUGAAUGGAUCAGUUGAGGAAUACCAUUCCACCAUUGAAAGUAUGUUUAACAAGCUAGUUGAUGAUAGUCAUUUGUUGCACUCAAAACUUGUAGAUGCAAUCAAAAGGCAUCCUCUGGUUUGUGAUUUCUACGAAUGGCAAGCCAAGAUCAGAAUUUUCUUUAAUGAAGAAUCCAUGAAAUAUGGAGUGGCAGGUCUACUCAUGCAGAUAGUGUCGGACCUUUAUCUCAAUGGUGUUGACAUAACUAAACGUAUAUCACGUGCUCAGAAGGACCUAUCUGAAUGGGUUUUCUCAACACAAGGUCAUCCAAGUGACGAACUUUUCCGGACUUGUGUUGGUGUAGCUGCUGAACGCUUUCACAUGGAAAGCUUUUUCGCUAAAUGUGAACUUUUUGUACACGUACUAGAUUGUUGGAGCCAUCUGUUAAAUUUCGAUGAAGCCUUGCAUUCCAAUUUAUCUCCUUGCAGACUAUUUGCCAAUAACACGUUGACGCUACACCUGCCAGUCGUCAGUGAUUCUCAUAUUUUCCUUGUCGUACUCGACUUUCAACAACCAUCCUUUUGGAUCAUUGAGAACAUCAAAAGAGAUGACGACACCCAACACAUAUAUGGUCUUCUACCAGAUAUCAUUCAUUUAUACAUGAGUCAAUACUUGCGGUCUAUUCGCCAUCCAAACGCUGAAGCCUUUUCACAUGUCCCAAGACAAAUCACCCACUAACCUGGUCAACAGUAAACAAUAACACUGACUGUGGUAUUUUUACUAUGCAUCACAUGGAGACGUUUAUGGGUGGAAACAUUAUAGAUUUCAAAACUGGAUUCAAGUCAGAGUCGCUUGCACAGGACAACCAAUUAUCUAGACUACGAGUCAUCUAUCUUUGCAAAAUCAUAAAUUCAGACUACAACCUGCUGAAGGAUUCAAUCCUUCAUCAGGUAGCAGAAUUCCAAAAGCUGACUGCAUCUAAUCGAAAUCAACUAUUGAAUGAUGUUGCAACUAGGAUACAUGCUAAGCUGACCAAAUUUGGUUAAAGAAUGUUGGGUUAAUAAGAAUUUUUUGUUUACCUUCUGGGAAGAAUAACAUGCUAUUUACUUUUACUCUAUUAUGUAGAUGGCUCAAUGCAGUAAACCUGACACUAUUUUGUUUUUUAAUUAUGUACCUCCCUUUGUCUUCAUAUUAGAUUAAAAUGUCAUUUAUAAAUCUUACAUGAAUGUCUCUUGUG